AUGCCGAACAAGAGCUAUCCCUCCCACAAGAAGGCCGACGGCGAGGUGGAGGAUGAAUUCUACCCAUUAAUCCGCAAGUACAAGGACGGCCGGAUCGAGCGGUUCAUGCCGGCCUCGUUCGUGCCGGCAUCCACGGACUUGGCCGCCAACCGUGGUGUGGCAACAAGGGACGUCGUCAUCGACCAAGGCACCGGCGUGUCUGUACGCCUAUUUCUUCCGUCCCAAGCUGCUGCGACGGGCAUGAGGCUUCCCCUCGUCGUCUACGUCCAUGGUGGUUCUUUCUGCACGGAGAGUGCUUUCUCUCGAACGUACCACCGUUAUGCCACUUCCCUUUCCGCUAGCGCAAGGGUGCUUGUUGUGUCCGUGGAAUACCGUCUGGCACCGGAGUAUCCCGUGCCGGCGUCCUACGAUGACACCUGGGCCGCACUGCGGUGGGUUGCGUCCUUGUCCGACCCUUGGCUCGCUCAGUACGCAGAUCCAGGGCGCACGUUCCUCGCCGGCGACAGCGCCGGUGGCAACAUCGCAUACCACACGGCUUUGCGCGCCACACAUGAUGAUACCAUCAUGGACAUUGAGGGUUUAGUCAUCGUGCAUCCUUUUUUCUGGGGACUCGAGCGGCUUCCGGCAGAGAAGGUUUCGGAUGGUGACGUGAUGUUCCCGCCGGUGUGUGUGGACAAGUUGUGGCCUUUCGUGACGAAGGGCCAGGCUGGGAACGAUGAUCCUCGGAUCAAUCCUCCAGAUGAGGAGCUCACAUUGCUAACUGGCAAGCGGGUGUUGGUGGCCGUUGCAGAGAAAGACACGUUGCGUGACCGGGGGCGUCGAUUCGCAUCCACCCUGCGCAGGUGUGGGUGGACCGAUGACAACCUCACCAUGGUUGAGUCGGAGGGGGAGGACCAUGUCUUCCACCUAUGUGCCCCGCUACGUGCGACCAGCAAGAACCUUAUGAAAAGCAUUGUGCACUUCAUAAACCAACGUGCCACCUUGUCGUCACCGUUCGUGGUGAUGUCAGAGCAAGAGUGCUCCAGCCAACCUAUGCUAGGUGUGCCAAGUAGGCCUUUCAAAGACAUAUUUGGUUACGGAAUGCACAUGAAACGUUGGAAUGUCCCAAGCUCUAUGGCACCCACUUCUUUAAAAGUUGGACAUGCAGAAACAUCACGGACUAGGUAUGGGGGGCUACAUUUGAAGAAAAUUGGCACCUUCGGACAACCCUUAUCAACACCACAUUCGCUAAGCUCCAUCAUGAAGAACAUGUUCUAG